AUGGAAGAAAAAAAAGUCGUCAAGGAAGAUGGAGGACUACAACAACAACUGCUCUGGACACCACAAGACAACAACAAUUAUAGCGAUGCCAAUGUUAAUGAUAAUCAAUGUCAACAUAUUACAACAAUAUCCUCGACAACAAUUCCUUCAGCCCCGGCAACUCCAACUGCAACCACGACACCAACAACGCAAAAACCAUACGAGACUCCAAAAGUUCCAAGACCUCCAAACGCAUUCAUCAUUUACCAUAGAACAAAAUCUAAGGAAUUAGCACGUUACAAAUCUUCAAUUCGUUCUAAUUCUUCCUCCUCCAACAACAACAGCAACACUGGUCAUCCGUCAAAAACUGUGGCAGAGAUGUGGAGGGAGGAAACUGAUGCGGUCAAAUUACGAUAUCAACGUGAGGCCGAUUUGGCUUUAGUUGAGCAUAAGAAAAAAUAUCCAUUUUAUAAAUAUCGACCUAGGAAGCGUGAAAAUAAAAAUAAGUUAAAAACUCGUGGUUGUGGUGGUGCUGGUAAUAACAACAAGUGUGUAAAUAAUAACAACGCAAUAUUAUCACCAACUGAUUCAGAAUUUGGUAUUGUAAAUAAAGAUGAUGAUCAUCAUGAUGGAUCAGAAGUUCCACCAGAACAUAGAAAACAAGCUUCAAUGGAAUCAGCCUUUACUGCAAUCAAGAAAAAUACAUUUUCACCACCACAAACACCUAAGACGCCAAAUUUUUUAAAUCCAUCGGAACAUCAUCCUCUUUCAUUAAUAACAAUGGCAUCGAAAAUGCCACAAUCGGCAAUUAUAUCAUCAUUAUUACACCAACAAUUGUAUCAUAGCCCAAUUGAAGAUCUUCGUCACCAGCAAUUUUCUUUGCAAAUGUCUAGAGAAGAUAACAAUGGUCAAAGUUCAUUAGUAAUAAAUCAGCCUGAUCAUUUACAACAGCAGCUGAUGUUCACACAAGAUGAAUUUCAACAAUAUCCUUCAGAGCUCUCACAAGAUGACUGGAACUCUCAAUUAUUUAAUUAUAUCAAUGGUAGUAAUGCCAGUAAUGAUGAAGAUGUCAAUAGUAGUGAUAAUUAUGGUAUGGUAUCACUGCAACCACAGUCCAUAGCUCCAAGAAGAUCAAUAAUGAUUAGUCCACAACCACCACUUCCACAGCUAUUAUUGCAGCAACACCAAGAACCGCCAACACCCACCAGCCCAUUAGACGCUUUCCCAAUUUUGUCCAUCAUCAUCACAGCAACCUGA